UAGAAACCCCUCCUCCGCCGUCUAAAACCCUCCAUGGACUGAGAAAGCGCUCUCCGCUCUCCAUCAUCAUCUGCAGAAAAUUGCGAGCGGGGUGCGGUGACAAAAAAUGCCAACUUGGGCCGCUCGCCCUCCGCCGUAGACAUGAGCUCGGCCGUGGCCGUCGCUUCUUCCACCCGCAACAAGUCAUUCUCACCAUGCGAAUCCACUGCAAAGUAGUUGCGAUCGCCGUGGGUUUCGGAGUUUUUCUACUUGUGUACUUCUUCGGGGGGAACGGCGGCGCUGACGAGCCGCCGCCAAAGGAAGUUGGAGGGGAUCGGCAGUUGGAGGAGGUCGGCAGAUCCCCACCUUCGCUUCUCGUCGAGUAUGUGGGAAGUGACGCCGUGGCGAAGUUGGCCAGAAAAUCAGCCACUGGAGUCGGCGAGCGUGUGGAGAGAAAAGAGGGCAAGGCGACUGGAAGAGAGGGCAGCGUGAAUGCAAAAAGUAAAUUUCUGGGCAAAAUGAUCCGACCUGUGACCAGGCGCAGGCGACCUGAGGAAGUCAUGCACUUAGCUGUGGUGGCUUGUGGGAAACGUCUGGAUGAGACCCUCACAAUGCUCAAGUCGGCCUUGCUAUUCAGCUUGAAGAAGAUCAAGUUUCACAUUUUUGCUGAGGACUCCUUGGCGCCUGAGUUUGAAGAAAGGAUAAUCCUGAAAGAUGUGGACUCGUUGCUUUACGUGGACACCGAUGUUCUGUUUCUGCGGCCUAUGGACGAUAUCUGGAUGUUCCUCAAGUCCUUUAAUGGGUCACAGCUGGCGGCCAUGGCUCCAGAGCACGAGGUGUCCAAGAUCGGCUGGUACAGCCGCUUCGCCCGGCACCCUUUCUAUGGAGUGACAGGGGUCAACUCUGGCGUGAUGCUGAUGAACCUGACUAGGAUCCGCAGAACACUGUUUAAGAGUAGCCUGAUUGCUGGUGGUCUGUUGUGGGAAGAUCUUCUUCAUCCGCUUCACCAGAAGUACAAGAACCACAUAACAUGGGGAGACCAGGACCUCCUCAAUAUUAUCUUCCACUAUAACCCAGAGCAUCUCUAUAUCUUUCCCUGCCAGUGGAACUACAGACCUGACCACUGCAUGUAUGGGAGUAACUGUAAAGGAGCUGAACAGGAAGGCGUGUCUAUUCUCCAUGGCAACCGUGGAGUAUAUCAUGAUGACAAGCAGCCUGCGUUUAAAGUAGUCUAUGAUGCAAUACAUAAUGUAAGUACAGGGGGAAAAAAUAUAUAUAUUUAUAUUUUUGGACAAAAAUUUGUCUCAAUAUUAUUGUAUCAAACAAAAACUAAUCUCAAUUUAAAAAAUAAGUUGUGGUCCAAUUUUUGAACUGUAAUGAAAUUUUUUGUAUUGUAAUGGAAUAUUUUGUUUUAAAAGAAAAAAAAUGUCUAAAAACCUUUUUUUUAAUUUUGUCUCAUGAAGAGAAAAAGUUAUUUGCAAAAUAUAAACUUUUAUGUGCGCAUGUCAGAAAUCUUUGGUUGCAAUUCUCAAACUUUUGGUUUUGAUGCUCCCUUUUUUUGGUUGAACUCAGAGUUUUCAUUGUUAGAAACAUGAACAUUGUGGGCGGGGCCUAAAGACGAACAAUGUAAGACGUGUCCCUAUUGGUUAGCGCUGAUUAAAGUGAAAAACUCUUACUCCCUCCCACCUCAUAACUGAUACCCAAACUGAUACCCAUACAUACACUCUAACACUGAAACUUCGCUUCAGUGUUAGAGUGUAUGUAUCUUGUAUUUAGUUAUAUUUUGAAUUGUAUUAUUUUGAAUGGCUUUUGCCGUGUUAUGCUAUGAUAUUAAAUUAGUGUUCUUUUGUAGUUUGUUGGAUCCAUUAAGCUUUGUUGCUACAGGACUAUCAGUAGGGACAGCUGCCAAUCAGACAAGCCUCACAUUAAACAUAUUUGAUUCUUGCCAGUUUCCUAAGUUCAUUAUUCAGGGACAGAAAUAUGAUAAUUGAUUAAGAUGCUGUGGCAAAGUUGGUUUUGACAAGACAAAUAUAAACGAGCAUGCAUAUGUGUUAACAUUUUUUGCAAGAAAAAUACAACAAUUAACACCAACUUCCUGGAAGAAGUCUGAAACAGGUCUAUAUCUGAACUUUUUUUGCAUCUGGAACACAUUAGAACCAAAUUAUCAAAUUUCCUUUAUUUCAUGUUAUUUUAGC